AUGGCCACACCCGCAAUGCCUUUGGAGACCAAGUCUUCCUCCCCAGUCGAUGUACCGGUCUUAUACAAGUCGAUCAGCUCAAAUGACUGCGAAGUCCAUGGGAUUACCCAGACCCCUCACCUCGACAAACUUCUUCAGAACCGUCCGAAAGCUGAACUUCGAGACCUUGCCGAUGUAGUCCAGGCCCUAAACGAUGGGGAUCAAUGCGCCAAAUGCGCCGUUCAAGCUGCAGUCACCAUCAUCACUGGAUUUGUGCAAGAACUGUACACUGCUAAGAAAUCUGGGAAAUUGUCCAAGGAAGAAAAGAAAGCUCUCAAAUUGGAAGUCAAGGGAUUGGUGAAGGGGGUGAAAGGGGACAUCAAGAGCCAGCGAAAGGAGCUUAGAGGUCGGCUAUAG